UGCUGCUUGUGAAGCCAACAGUGGUAGGAGUUCGAGCAGUGUGUUGAAGAUGAUGAUUGACAUCUUCUCGAGCAAGGCUGCCCUGAAGAAGAUCUACACUACUGACCAAAAAGUCAUUCUGGACGUCAUCCUCUCCGUCAUGCACGAACUCAGUCCAGGAUCUCAACAGCGAGUAGAUAUGAUGUCGCUACUGGACCUGGCAGUCAAGAAUUUUGUGGUGUCUCAAGCUAGAGAGAACGAACAGCCCCGCUAUAAAUACAACGAGCUCAUAAGUCUCGUUCAACCAAUCAGCGAACAGAUAGACUGCCUGGAAGAGGCACUCAUCGCCAGAAGCAUUCUCUCCCACCUGACUUAACUGGACACAACUGAUUCCGAUUCCCUCUGUCUUUUAAAUGAAAUAAUGCGAUAGUAAAUUUUGGCAGAGUAUAACUAUUUAUAAACAAAGGAGGCAUCUGAACUUGUGCAUUAUUUAAUGCAAUCAAAUUAAGAGGGCGCAUCUGUGUACACGCUCCGCCCGCAAGUUUGAAAAUUAAAGAAUAUUUCAGGUCUUGACCUGUGAUGUCCAGUUAAAAAAGUAAAACCGAUGUUUUAACCAUUAACCAAUUAACUUGACUCUUGACCGAAA